AUGAAACUUGCUGUGCUGAUGUUUGUGACGCUACACGCACAGUGUGGUCUGUGCCUGUCGCACUCUGCCCAAAAAGAGACCGGCCCGUCCAAGUCCGAAGACGCCACUCCAAACGUCACCUGUACCAGCCGGCAGAUACGCGCCCUCUUUGGCCCGAAGGUACUGGACAAUCUUCAAGUCAAAGACACAUCUGGGGUCAGCAAACCUGUGCCAAAAUUCAGAGAGCAAUGUGGAGUGAAAAGCGUGAGAGAGAAAGAUGGGUCUCUCAUUUUCACCAGUCAGUAUGACAGCUGCUACACUCGCAUUGAGGGCAGUUUAGCGGCUGUGAUUUUGGAGGUUCAGUUGGUCACAGGAGGUUCAAGAUUUAAAGUCAAUAUCAGCUGCCCACUUCAGAAGAAGCAGUUCCCCAAACCCAGAGCACAAACCCAAACCCAAACUCAAAAGUCUGCGUCCUCAUGGAAAUGCAACAUUCAGAGGGCUUUGCGGGUUGCCUGUGGACCGCAGGGUGUCUCCAGCAGUGCCUGUCUGAAACUGGGGUGCUGUUACAACAGCCAUGAUUCUGUUUGUUACUACAGAGUGAACGUCUGCUCCCUGGACGGUCACUUUGUGUUUUCGGUGAAGGCGACGGACUCUUCCCCUCCGCUCGACCCCAGCAGACUGAUGAUUCGCGGUCACCCGCGGUGCACCCCUGCUGUCUCCUCGUCAGAAGCGGCAGUCUUCAAGUUUGGAGUGACGGAAUGCGGCGCUACAGUUCAGCGGAUCCAGUGUCAGUACGCUGCAUCAGCUCUGCUUUAUACUGGUCAGAAAGUCAUGAACCCCACCAACCCCCCACCAGUCACUGCCAUGGGAUCAGUCCAAGUUCAGAUGAGGCUUGCUAAAGAUGAGUCCUAUUCCUCUUUCUACUCGACGGAGGAGCUCCCUCUGACGUUACCCCUGCGCAGGCUGGCAUAUGUGGAGGUCUCCAUCGUACCUCCUUCCCCAGACCCCCGCCUCUCCCUGCGGGUUAGGGACUGCUUCGCCUACCCUGCCUCUAGACACUCUGUGUGGACACUUCUUUACGAUGGGUGUCCAAAUCCCCUGGAUGACCUGAGGAGCUCGGUGUCCGUUGGAAAGGGGCGCGGGGUCAGGUGGUUUGACGUGAAGACGUUUGCCUUCCUGGACCCAGAGACAGGACAGCCCAAAAUGGAGGAGCUGUAUUUUUAUUGCUGGGUGGAGAUUUGCACUGAGGAGGAGGAAUGUCAGCAGCAGUGCUCUACCCCAUUGUCUGACGGGGAAAGGGUGCGAAGAGACCUGGCUGCUGGGGACCAGGUCUCCAGGCUGGUUUCUGUAGGGCCGGUUCUGUUGGGUCGAAACAGUGCCACGUCGCCAGAGAACCCAAAGCUCCACACGCACACAGUGUAUCAGGUGCUGUCUGUGUCCAGUCUGACCCUAAUCUGUGUUUUUGUCAUUUCUCUCCUCCCGUUCUCCGUGUGGUGGAGGACAAGGAGGAGUAAACGGAGAAAUGAGGGAGAGGAGGGUCCAACGUCGGGCACAGAGAUGAAGAACGUCGCAGACGACACGGACUGA